AUGCCGACGGUAUUUGAUCGCAAACGCCGUGUCCACGCAAAGUCGAAACGGGGCUGUCGCAACUGUAAGAUCCGUCGCGUUAAAUGCGAUGAAGCCCAACCGCAGUGUCAAAAGUGCGUCGGGUUCGGGGUAGCCUGCAACUACAAUGCGCCCCAUGGCCCGGAUUUGCAGCCGGCUCAAGCAAAUGGCCUCGCCGGCCAGAUAGUCUUUCGUGCAGAGCCCCGGCUGUCUCUCGCGCACCCUUCAGUCAUCGUGGGAGAUGGACCGGGCUCCUUUCAAUUGGAUGCAGAGAGUCUGGCCCGACUAGACCGGUUCCAGCGCCGCACGGUGUUGACCAUUGGCACACCGGAGGUCUGCACGAUUUAUAAAAACGAGAUCACCUCACUUGCGCUCGGGCACCCGUUCCUGAUGCAUGUCAUCCUGACCCUCACGGCGACCCACGAUCGCCACAUGUCCAUGUCACCCCGCAACGCCCGCCGGUCUCUCACCGAAGCCUACCACUGGGCGCAUGCCGCUAGGCUGCUGAACCAGAAACUCUCAGUACCCAUCCGGCCCCAGGACCGCGACGCUCUCUGGGGAUCGGUUGCCAUUCUGGGCGUCCUGAGCCUCACAUCAAGCGAGGCCCCCACGCCCGAGGAAUCAUGGCCAUUGAAGCCAUCCCAGGAUCUAGACCUACAAUGGAUCAAUUUGGCCCAAAACAAAAAAGCCAUUUGGAAUAUCACCGACCCAAUGCGUCCAGAUAGCAUCUUCUGCACGAUGGCGUACGCUAGCCUGUUCACCAGCGAGGCCCCGUGCUGUGACAUCGACGAGAUCCCGCCCGAGUUCGUGCGUCUCUGUUAUCUGGACCGGUCAGAGUCUCGACACGAGAACCCGUACUUUACGGCGGUUGCUGUCCUCGCCCGGCUGUUGCAGCCCCCGAAGGACAAUCAGCCGCUGAUCCCGCGGUUCCUGAUCUUUCUGUGGCUCAUGGAACCGGCCUUUAAAGGUUUGUUGCAUUGCAAGGACCCGCGGGCGCUGCUGAUUCUCGCGUCCUGGUACGCGCCGUUGUCUGAUGCGACUUGGUGGGUGGCGAGACGGGCCAGGUUGGAGUGUCAGGCCAUCUGCUUGUAUUUGGAGAGAUACCAUGCCGACGACGAGGAUAUCCAGAGGCUGCUGCCGCUUCCGAGAAUGCACCGUGGAUUGGGGCUGUCAACCGGUGAUGGCUGUUUGUCGAGGUUCAUCAAGACUUGA